CUAACCCAAGCAGCAACCGAUCGGCUCGGAUCGGAGCAGCCAUGGCCGCGGAGACGGAGACUAGUCCCCUCGUUGGAGUCGUGCCAGCGCCGGAUACCAAGGCCCCCCGCGCCGCCGCAUCCGCGCCCUGCGCGCCGCCGCAGCUGAGGAGAGGGAGAAGAUGUUGCUUCCCCGGCCACGGCCACGGCCAGCACCCGGGCCCUUCUCUCGCCUCGCGCGGCUGUGGCGCCGGUUCUUCGUCCGAUUUGAUCCCGACUCCAUCCCCGUCUGUCAUCCGCUGGAUCGCGAACAGCUCGAAAUGCUUGAACGACAAAAAACGCCUGGGUACUUCGAGGGAUUGGCUUGGGAUCGCCAGCUUGUCACGGAAUGCCUGCAGCACUACAACUCUAUGCAUUCGGGCGAUGAGUAUGAGCCUGCUCCUGGCAAGGUGUCUCAGCAUCCCCAUUUUCACAAUGGCAUUUGCUGGACUCAUGGAAACUUCGUGGCUCGUAAGAAGCGCUCUGGUUGCUUCUCAUUCCUGCCUGCUCCACGGACUCUCUUCUUCUUCGAGCUUGCUUAUAGAAAUGGUUUCAAUGGAGUCGUCACUUGCACCGCCUUAGAUGAACCAGUUACUGAAGCCUACAGUGUCUUGGGUUUCCCUCUUUGGUGCUCUGCACGUCGGACUGGCAUAUUUGAUUUCGUUUGCAAGACAUGCUACUGUCGCUUUGAUGUUCCACGUCCUGGCAUGCAGAAGAUGUUUGCGUGUGGACAUAACAAUGUGGGGAAGGUCUGUGAGAUGUGCUAUCGUCGCUCCCAUGUGCUGCAUCCAUACCCAGGAGAAUUUGCGUUUGGCUAUCAUGAUCCUUACCACCCGUACUCUGCUGAGUGCUGAGCACUGAUACUAUCAAUCGCUGUGGAUGGGAAACUGGCGUCAUAAAUACUCGUUUUAUUUGGCUUGCUGGUUGGAAUGACUAUGUAAGGAACUUAACGUGAUGCUCUCUUUCCAUGUAUUGAGUAACUUGAAGCUACAAAUUAGCCAAGUUUCUACGACUUGGAGAACUGUUUGCAUAUAUAUGCUUCUGCUGCUGGAAACGUGUGAAAAAUGUUAGCCUUUUCCA